AAUGUGUUAAAAAUUAAAAAAUAUUUCUUUUUCAAACUGACUAUCGUAUUCCUCGGAACUUCAGAAAGAAAGAAGUGUGGGUUUUCUUUCUUUUUCGUCUAUAUCAAUCUGAUAGAUUGACCCACAAACCAACUCUUUUCCUGAAGAAAUCUGAAGUUGCCAUUUUGGCCUAAGGUCGAUGAACACAUGAUCAUUUUUGUUACUAGCGUACAACGUGUUCGUCCAUUUGUCUCUAAGGAACUCUCUCUUCUCUAUUCUCUAUUCUACUAGCUGUACUUGAACCAGUAGUAUCUUUUUUGAUGGAAACUAUGAUAAAGGAGUUGAAGGAAGCUCUCCGUUUUGUUUUGUCCGUUGAAUUUUGGAGAAUGGGAGUGCUUUGGACCAUCUCGCUCUUGGCCUCCUACUUGCAGUUAUACACCAACAGGCUCUUUUCUCGUAAAGCUCAAUCCUACCCACGAUGCCAUCCUCCAAUCUCUCCGUCUCUGAGACCUGUUUGCGUCAUUACUGGCGCUACAUCCGGACUGGGAGCUGCGGCUGCACACGCUCUUUCACGGGAAGGUUUCUACGUUGUUCUUGUUGGACGAUCAUCCCAUUCGUUAUCAAAGAUUAUGACAGACGUAAAAACCCAGAAUGAGGAUGCCCGUGUCAAAGCUUUUCAGGUUGAUCUGUCAUCAUUCCAUUCAAUUUUGGAGUUUAAAGGCUCACUUCAGCAGUGGCUUUUGGAUUGCAAAAUGCAUUCUUCUGUCCAGCUCUUGAUCAAUAAUGCUGGGAUACUGGCAACAUCAUCGCGAUUCACACCUGAAGGCUAUGAUCAGAUGUUGGGUACAAAUUACAUAGGGGCAUUUUGUCUGACCACAUUUCUACUACCUCUUCUUAAAAGAAGCCCUGUUCCUUCUCGGAUAGUAAAUGUCACAUCCUUUACACAUCGAAAUGUUUUUGAUGUACAGGUUGACCAGGAAUCUGUUUCUGGGGCAUGUUUCUUGAGAUCAGGACAAUAUCCAUUUGCUCGUAUCUAUGAGUAUUCAAAAUUAUACCUGCUUCUCUUCUCAUAUGAGCUCCACCAACAACUUGGUUUGAUGGAUAAACCUUGUCAUGUCUCUGUUACUGCUGCCGAUCCUGGAGUAGUAAAGACCAACAUCAUGAGGGAAGUCCCUUCUCGUCUUUCUCAAUUGGCAUUUGAAGUUUUGAAGCUUUUGGGCCUUCUGCAGUCACCUGAGAAUGGCGUCAGUUCUAUUCUUGAUGCAGCCCUUGCUCCACCAGAAGCAUCUGGGGUAUACUUUUUUGGUGGAAAAGGUAGGACCUUGAACUCUUCGGCUCUUUCACACAAUAUCAAGCUUGCAAAAGAACUUUGGACUACGUCUUAUAGUCUCUUUCUAGAAGCAAGCCUUGCUUCCAAAGAAACAUCAAGCUCCAUGUCGGAUAAUUUGUCAUAAAAAGGAGGAGGUGAAGAAGAUGACAAAGAAAUGUGAAGAUGGGUUCAAGAAAAAGUCUUCUCGCUCAUCUCCUUCAACUGAUAAUAACCAGAAAAUGUUGUGGUUCAAUGACAUGGCGAAUGUUAAUGUUCUUGGUUGUAUAUUUUUUAAAUGUGCAAAUUAUAUAAACAGUUAAAGUACCAAAUCAUGGAGAUAUACUCAAUAAUUGUAUACAUUAAUGAAAUUAAUCCCAACCAAGUUUUAUUAGUAAA